UCUAGAUAUUAACAACUUAGAAGAGAGAGGGUUUAGGGUUUCGCAACAGCAGCAAUGGAGGGAUUGCAGAAUUGGGUCAGCUCCUUCUCCAAGAACCCGAAAUCAGGAUCUCCUUCUUUUUUGCCGGACCUCCCCUACAACCUUCGCGGCGGAGGCGGAGCAUCUGCCUCUUCUUCCGCCUUAUCUUCUUCCGAUAGCGCUGGUGUUUUAGUCAACAGGCCUCCCAGGCGAUUUGUCUCGCUAUGGACCUGUUCGAAGCUCUGUGGAAUUUGCUUUGUUGCUGGGAUCAUCGUCGGUUACACUCUCAAACGACGUGUACGGCGCUGGGCUUCCAAGCUUCUCAAACGAUUAAAAGACGAUUAGUAACAUUAUUAACUCCUUUUCGAAUCCUGUUAGAUUUAGUUUUAUGAAAACGGUAAUAGUUUGCCUUUGCCAAGGGCAUUCAUUUAUUUUC